AUGACCGGCAAAUCCGUCGCCAUCGUUGGCGGAGGCAUUUCCGGCCUUAAAGCCGCCCACGUGCUUUUAGAAAGCGGCGUUUUUGCCAAAGAAGAUAUCAUAAUUCUUGAAGCCCAGAAUAGACUAGGUGGCCGGAUCAAGACCGAUAGAGAGCUGAGCAAGUUAGGGGUUCCGUAUGAUCUUGGAGCCGCGUGGUUUCACGACGCGUUGACCAAUUCCGUUUUGUACGACAGCAUUGAAAACGGCACGUUUGUCCCGCUGAAGGACGGCUACUUUGACGAUAAGGACAUUGCCAUAUACGCCAAGGAACACGAUGGGCCCUUGGACACGAACAACUGGAAGUUGGCACGUGUGCUCGAGGAUAUGGAGAAGUUCAUGGAAUUGUACUAUAUGGAGGGCUUGGACGUCAAGGACAUGAGCUUGGACGACUUUGCCAAGGUGUAUGUGGACAAGUACAAGGUGUUUCUUACGCCUGAGCAGCUUCAGUACUGUAGCCGUCUUCUUCGGUACUUCGAGCUUUGGUUCGGCAUUCCGUCGUACGAGAUUCUGGCCAAGUACGCCCCUAUGGACCACCAGGGACGGAAUUUGUAUGAUAAGAAAGGGCAUGGUUUUGCCGUGGACCACAUCGUGUCUCAGAUAGACUGUGAGAUCCGCAAGGAGACACAGGUGACACGUAUACAGAGAGACGCCAAGGGGGCCAGAAGGCACAGAUUGGAGCUUUCGGAUGGUAGCUCUAUUGAUACGGACUACGUGGUGGUGACUGUACCUCUUAGCAUUCUUAAACUUAAGGAGGGACCGCAAAGUAUAACCUGGGAGCCACCGCUUCCAAAGCCCGUGACGGAGGCGCUCGACAAAAUAUCCAUGGGCGCCUUGGGCAAGGUUGUGCUUGAGUUUGACAUUAUCUGGUGGGACAAGACACAGGACCGGUUCAAUAUAGUUCCCGACGAAGUCUCCUCGCAUGGACAGGUGCCCCAAUCGUGGGAGUACCCGAUCUUCAUUAUCAACUACGCACGCGUGUUUCCUGGAACGGCUUCGUUGGUGAUUCUUACCCAGCUGCCUGUGACUGAGUACCUCGAGCUGCAUCCUGCCCAGGCCUGGCAGUACUUGAAGCCGAUGUUGCUGAAGUUGAACAUCUCAAGCUUCUCCGUGCCCGACCCCAUCAACACCAUUGUGACCGACUGGACGAAGAAUCCGUUUGCUAGGGGCGCCUACUCUGCUAUUCGUACUGGCGAGUGUCCUGACGAUGUAAUUAUCCAGCUCAGCGGUGAGCACGACGGAGUGGGCUUGGGGGCUGGCCUGACCAUUCGUUUUGCAGGCGAGUACACCAUUGCCGACGGCGGCGGAUGCAUUCAUGGCGCCUACGAUUCUGGAAAACGGGCCGCCGAGUGGAUUGUAGAGCAUGCGAAGUAG